GCGGGGCCGGGCCGGGCCGGGCGCGCACCAGUGGCGGCGGCAGCGGCAGCGGCAGCGAAGGCGGCAGCAUCUCGCUCCCGGAGCCAGCGCAGAGUUCCCCACACUCAGAGCGUGGACUGGGAGAAGUGGAGAAGACAGAGUUGAACUUCGUCACCCAGUCCCCAGAGCCAGCAAGACAUGGGCCCCAUUUUCCAAGGCCUGACGCCUCUCAUUUAACCAGAAGACGUGGAGGGGAGCCACCACCCCUGACCAUGUAGAUGCCAGCUCCAGGUAGCAACAUGGACCCCACUGAAUGGAGACUCCUGGGUCUACAGCCCUGAGCCCCUCUGGCCCCUGGACCUUGCCCCCCACCUGGGGACACACCUUGGAGCUCACCACUGCUGUCGCCAGCCCUCCUCAGCCACCCCCUCCCCCUGGGACCCGGAGUCGGCCACCUGGAGCUGCAGCUGUCCAGUGAGGGUGUGCUGAGGACAGCCACACACAGCCAUCACCCAGAAGCCUCUUGUCCAGUGCUGACCUUUGGGCCCACCCUGAGCAGGGACUUCAGCAAACAUGGGUGAUAUGACCAACAGCGACUUUUACUCCAAAAACCAAAGAAAUGAGUCGAGCCAUGGGGGUGAGUUUGGGUGCACGAUGGAGGAGCUCCGCUCCCUCAUGGAGCUGCGGGGCACAGAGGCUGUGGUCAAGAUCAAGGAGACCUACGGGGACACUGAAGCCAUCUGCCGGCGCCUCAAAACCUCACCUGUGGAAGGUUUACCAGGCACCGCCCCAGACCUGGAAAAGAGGAAGCAGAUUUUUGGGCAAAACUUUAUACCUCCAAAGAAGCCAAAAACCUUCCUGCAGCUCGUGUGGGAAGCCCUGCAGGAUGUGACGCUCAUCAUCCUGGAAAUUGCGGCCAUCAUCUCCCUGGGACUGUCCUUCUACCACCCGCCUGGCGAGAGCAACGAAGGAUGUGCCACGGCCCAGGGCGGGGCCGAGGAUGAAGGAGAGGCAGAAGCAGGUUGGAUCGAGGGGGCCGCCAUCCUCCUCUCCGUCAUCUGCGUGGUCCUGGUCACAGCCUUCAAUGACUGGAGCAAAGAGAAACAGUUCCGGGGCCUGCAGAGUCGCAUUGAGCAGGAGCAGAAGUUCACGGUGGUCCGGGCUGGCCAGGUGGUCCAGAUCCCUGUGGCUGAGAUCGUGGUUGGGGACAUCGCCCAGAUCAAAUACGGUGACCUCCUCCCUGCAGACGGCCUCUUCAUCCAGGGCAAUGACCUCAAGAUCGACGAAAGCUCCCUGACAGGGGAGUCUGACCAGGUGCGCAAGUCCGUGGACAAAGACCCCAUGCUGCUGUCAGGUACCCAUGUGAUGGAGGGCUCAGGACGAAUGGUGGUGACUGCUGUAGGUGUGAACUCUCAGACUGGCAUCAUCUUUACCCUGCUGGGGGCUGGUGGUGAAGAGGAAGAGAAGAAAGACAAAAAAGGUGUGAAGAAGGGGGAUGGCCUUCAGCUACCAGCGGCAGACGGUGUGGCAGCUUCAAACGCUGCAGAUAGUGUGAGGGCCAGCCUAGUCAAUGGUAAAAUGCAAGAUGGCAAUGUGGACUCCAGCCAGAGCAAAGCCAAACAGCAGGACGGGGCAGCCGCCAUGGAGAUGCAGCCCCUCAAGAGUGCCGAGGGCGGCGACGCAGACGACAAGAAGAAGGCCAACAUGCACAAGAAGGAGAAGUCUGUGCUGCAGGGCAAGCUCACCAAACUGGCAGUGCAGAUUGGCAAAGCGGGCCUGGUGAUGUCAGCCAUCACCGUGAUCAUCCUGGUGCUCUACUUCACCGUGGACACCUUCGUGGUCAACAAGAAGCCGUGGCUGCCCGAGUGCACGCCCGUCUAUGUGCAGUACUUUGUCAAGUUCUUCAUCAUUGGUGUGACGGUGCUGGUGGUCGCUGUGCCCGAGGGACUCCCUCUGGCCGUCACCAUCUCGCUGGCCUACUCCGUGAAGAAAAUGAUGAAGGACAACAACCUAGUGCGCCACCUGGACGCCUGUGAGACCAUGGGCAAUGCCACAGCCAUCUGCUCGGACAAGACAGGCACUCUGACCACCAAUCGCAUGACAGUGGUGCAGGCCUAUGUCGGUGACGUCCACUACAAGGAGAUCCCGGAUCCCAGCUCCAUCAACGCCAAGACCAUGGAGCUGCUGGUCAACGCCAUCGCCAUCAACAGCGCCUACACCACCAAGAUUCUGCCCCCAGAGAAGGAGGGUGCCCUGCCUCGGCAGGUGGGCAACAAAACAGAAUGCGGCCUGCUGGGCUUUGUGCUGGAUCUGAAGCAGGACUACGAGCCUGUGCGCAGCCAGAUGCCGGAGGAGAAGCUGUAUAAGGUGUACACCUUCAAUUCUGUGCGCAAGUCCAUGAGCACCGUCAUCAAGAUGCCCGACGAGAGCUUCCGCAUGUACAGCAAGGGUGCUUCUGAGAUCGUGCUCAAAAAGUGCUGCAAAAUCCUCAGUGGGGCAGGUGAGCCCCGGGUCUUCCGGCCCCGAGACAGGGACGAGAUGGUGAAGAAGGUGAUCGAGCCCAUGGCCUGCGACGGGCUCCGCACCAUCUGUGUGGCCUACCGUGACUUCCCCAGCAGCCCCGAGCCCGACUGGGACAACGAGAAUGACAUCCUCAAUGACCUCACCUGCAUCUGUGUGGUGGGCAUCGAGGACCCCGUUCGGCCUGAGGUCCCAGAAGCCAUCCGCAAGUGCCAGCGAGCAGGUAUCACUGUCCGGAUGGUCACUGGUGACAAUAUCAAUACGGCCCGGGCCAUCGCCAUCAAGUGUGGUAUCAUCCAUCCUGGGGAAGACUUCCUGUGUCUGGAGGGCAAAGAGUUCAACCGGAGGAUCCGCAAUGAGAAGGGAGAGAUUGAGCAGGAGCGAAUUGACAAGAUCUGGCCAAAACUGCGGGUGCUGGCUCGCUCCUCCCCGACAGACAAGCACACCCUAGUCAAAGGCAUCAUCGACAGCACACACACUGAGCAGCGGCAGGUGGUGGCUGUGACCGGGGAUGGGACCAACGAUGGGCCUGCACUCAAGAAGGCUGACGUGGGCUUCGCCAUGGGCAUCGCAGGCACGGAUGUAGCCAAGGAGGCCUCAGACAUCAUCCUGACAGAUGACAACUUCAGCAGCAUCGUCAAGGCGGUGAUGUGGGGUCGCAACGUCUAUGACAGCAUCUCCAAGUUCUUGCAGUUCCAGCUGACUGUCAACGUGGUGGCUGUAAUCGUGGCCUUCACAGGCGCAUGCAUCACACAGGACUCCCCUCUGAAGGCUGUGCAGAUGCUCUGGGUGAACCUCAUCAUGGACACGUUCGCCUCCCUGGCUCUGGCCACAGAGCCGCCCACUGAGACUCUGCUUUUGAGGAAGCCAUACGGACGCAACAAGCCCCUCAUCUCCCGGACCAUGAUGAAGAACAUCCUGGGCCACGCAGUCUACCAGCUCACCCUCAUCUUCACCCUGCUUUUCGUUGGCGAGAAGAUGUUCCAGAUCGACAGUGGGAGGAACGCCCCCCUGCACUCACCACCCUCAGAGCACUACACCAUCAUCUUCAACACCUUCGUCAUGAUGCAGCUCUUCAAUGAGAUCAACGCCCGUAAGAUCCAUGGCGAGCGCAACGUCUUCGAUGGCAUCUUCCGGAACCCCAUCUUCUGCACCAUCGUGCUGGGCACCUUUGCCAUCCAGAUAGUGAUCGUGCAGUUUGGAGGGAAGCCCUUCAGCUGCUCGCCGCUGCAGCUGGACCAGUGGAUGUGGUGCAUAUUCAUCGGGUUGGGAGAGCUCGUCUGGGGCCAGGUCAUCGCCACCAUCCCCACGAGCAGGCUCAAGUUCCUGAAGGAGGCAGGCAGGCUCACGCAGAAGGAGGAGAUCCCUGAGGAGGAGCUCAACGAGGACGUGGAGGAGAUCGACCACGCCGAGAGGGAGCUGCGCCGCGGCCAGAUCCUGUGGUUCCGGGGCCUGAAUCGGAUUCAGACACAGAUUGAAGUAGUCAAUACAUUCAAGAGCGGGGCCUCCUUUCAGGGGGCCCUGCGGAGACAGUCCUCCGUCACCAGCCAGAGCCAGGACGUAGCCAAUCUCUCUAGCCCUAGUCGCGUGUCGUUGUCCAAUGCUCUUUCCUCUCCGACCAGCCUUCCUCCUGCUGCAGCUGGGCGUGAAGGGCUAGAGAACCCUGGACACAGAGUUCAGCAAGAGAGAGUGAAAUUAAAACAGAUCCGCGUCGUGAAGGCGUUCCGUAGCUCUCUCUAUGAAGGGUUAGAAAAGCCCGAGUCUCGAACCUCCAUCCAUAACUUCAUGGCUCAUCCUGAAUUCCGGAUCGAAGAUUCACAGCCCCACAUCCCCCUCAUCGACGACACCGACCUGGAAGAAGAUGCCGCGCUCAAGCAGAACUCCAGCCCACCGUCAUCGCUCAACAAGAACAACAGCGCCAUCGACAGCGGGAUCAACCUGACGACCGACACGAGCAAAUCAGCUACCUCUUCAAGUCCAGGGAGCCCCAUUCACAGCCUGGAGACGUCGCUUUAGCUGAGGACCCUGUUGCCCACCCGCCGGCCCGCCCUAAGGGACCCGCUGCCACCGCUCCCGGGCACCCACCCUCCAGGCACCCGACUCACCCACGCAGCAAGGAGCAACCCCAGGAAACCAAAUACUGGAGAGAAAACCGACGUUUCCACCCACAGACCUUUCUCUGGCUGCGAUGCUGUUUGAACAAUUUUUCACUUCGAGGCAAGGGCCGGGUUCCCGGGGGCCUCUGGGAGGAGUGAGCAGUUAUCCCAAAGGGAGCCUUUCUUGGCUCCCACUCAAGACAUGGACCAGCCAUGCACCCACCCGGCCACCACGUCCCCCGCAUGAAUGUACUGGACACUUUCCAUCCUCCCCUUGUUUGGUUUUGGGGGGGUUGGAGAGGGGGAGGGGUUUUUUGUUCGUUUGUUUUCUUAGGCGGGAACUGCAAACAGGACUCUUUUCUGAGACUAUUUAUCCGAUCCACUGGUCUGUGAGCUUUUGAAAUGCUUGCGCAGCAUGGUCUCAGUUGUAUAGAUUAAUUUAAUAACUUUUUGAAAUCGCAGAGCUUAACUCGCCUAGUAGAUUUGCACCGAUGGAACCGAAGAACUUCAUAGACACUCACGAGGUUAUAUCCAUUUCUUUGUAUCUAUAUCAACGUAUACUUUCCAAGACUGUAUACGUCCAUAUAGAAGGUAGAUAUAUAUAUAUAUAAAUAUAUAUACAUGGAGACAUAAAGUUUCUUUGCCGGCAUGUUGCCUUGUUUCUGCUUAAAUUGCUCUAUUUUAACUUAUUUAUGUCCUAAAAGAAGAAUGUAAUUUGUUUACAAACCUGUAGAUAAUGUCUUUGGCUAUUUGUACGGUUCAAGAACACUGGUGGCUCAGAUGCUAUAAAAAUAGCUCGGCCCAACAGACACUUCCCCUGGAUUGCAUCCUCGAUGUUUUACAAUAGCCAUGCUCUGAUUUUUGCCUGCUAUUUCCGUUCAAUGACGUCACUACCAUGGGAGGCUCAGGCAGAAGCCAAAUGCUACUGAGGAUCCAUCCGGAGGUGUUCAGCCACAGGCUCCGUAGACGAAGGGAGAAGAGGAGAGAAGGUUUCCUGGGUUUGUGGCACCAGCGGCUGUCACGGCCCAAGGAUGUCAAAAGCACUGGCUCAAGACUUUUCUCUCAAUGAAACUCACUUGAGUUUACCAAGAGCAUUUCCAAAAUAGGUUGUCUUUGGCGCUGUCUGCACAGAGAUUGAGGUAGUGUUGAAAUAUUAUAAAUGCUAUUGUGUUGAUUUUUUUUUUAGUUAGUAAUUUAGAAGUUUAUUUCCUUAUAAAUGGCAGCGUAUAAGCUGUUGGCACACUGGAUGAAGAUCGGUAUGGCUUGCUGCUUUUAUUUUUAUUUUUGAAGAAGAAUAGCCUUUUUCUCUGCACUAUUUAGAUCCGAAUGAACCUUAUGAUGUGUAUAUUGAGAUGUAUUCAGUGUGAUUUUUAAACCAAAUUGUCUUCCUUUAGCCACAAUAUAUACUGUAACCUGUAACAGCAAGUCUUGCUUCCCCAGACAGAAAGCCAUUCUGAAACCCUCCCAUAUCACAGGUCAGAAAAGGUGGCUAUUUCCCCCCCCAAGACAAUAACAGCACUAGUAAUCCCACUUAAUAAGAGCUUAUUUAAUUGUCUGUCAGCCUCUUAACUGCUAAGCACUUUGUGGGUCUCAGCUUUUUUCAUAAAAGAACUUUUGUAUUUAAUACAAAGUUUGCUUUGAGACUUUUCAGCAUACAAUCUUUUUCCAUAAACUUGUACAGUGCAAAAGACAUUUUGAAUACCAUGAUCGAUGAUGUCCCAUGCUUCAAGGAAAACCAAACACUUCCCGCCUCGCUUGCAAAGUCCAUUCGUCACACUGACCCUUCCCCACAGUCAUUUCGUGUCCGCCUGGCCCCUGCCCCUUCUCCAGGCCCAGAGAACUCUUCCACUACCAAGAUGAGAGCCACCGGGAAAAGAGCCAUAGUCAGCUGGGAGGGCCCGUGUCUGCACAGCUGUGGAAAAACCUGACAGCUCUGGGGUUCAAAGUCAGCCCAUCCCACCUGGCAAAAUCUUUCUCUAAGGAUGACCUUCCGUGCAAAAGAGCAUCGCCUGAGUGUCACUAAGAAGUCUCUCUGAAUGUAUCCAGCAGAGGAAACACCACCCUCGGAUGCGCUUAUUGGAUUCUAGUAUAAACACCACCAAAGCCAGCCCACUCGCUCCUCCGAGGAAGGAGAGACCGGCACGCAGGAAACAUGGGGCAGCCCUGGAACAUGGUAGUUUCUUUCGAAGUUUUCCUUUCUCACGUUUUUUCCCAUCUUCCCCUUCUUUGUUCAAUCACGUAUCUGUGACCUCAUUCCAUGAUAUCAGGAUGGUCGUACUUGCUCACCAGACUCCCCUGUGCUCCUGGAGCCGGGAUGCAAGGCAAAUGGGAGGGGUGCUCUGAGCAGAUCCCAGCUGGGGUGACAGGGAUCCAUGGAAGCCACCAGGAAGGCCCGACAUGGGCGUCUGGUCUUCUCUCGUCAGGAAUGAUGGACAAUCGCACACACAGACCCCUCACUCUCAAACUUGCACACAUCCACACACGCACGCACACAGGAAAUGGUUGGUUUGUCACAACUCACUGUAGUAUACAAAGCUUGCACUCUGCGUCCUAUAUCUAGCAGCAUGGGGUACGUUUGGCAGAUCACCCCAUUAGGGGGUAAAUAAUUUAUGACCAUUCAUCUGUUUUUAUGAAUUUUUUUAUCUAGACAAUAAUUGUAAAUAAAGAACUCACCGUCUCUGUUCAUUUAAUACUA